AUGACAUCAGGUGGGACGGGCUCCAUUGGGGCUGCGGCCAUUGAACGGGCCUGUCCCGUGUGGGAGAGUGUCUCAUCGUGGGACGACAGUGAAUCAUGCAGCUCAUGCAAAAGCAGCAUAUACCUGAACGGGCCCAACUCCUCUGAGAAUCAAUUCCAGUUUCGCAUGGAGCGUAUUCGGCAUCUUAACCGUCUUCAUCAGGGCCCCUAUGUGCGAUGCAUGGAAACACAGUCACUCACGGAUCCCGCAGGUCGACCAAGGCGUUGUGAAGGUGUGAAGGGACUCACGUGCAAACAGCUGUCUGACUCAAUUGUGCACGCGGAGCGUUCAUCGCCAAAGCCUCUCCUGUGGUCGCGUGAAACGGAAUGUGACGCUGAAGACAUACUUUCCCUCAAAUCUGCUGUGGCUGCUUCCGUGGUUUCACCUUCGAUGCAGUGGCCGUCUAAUGAAGAGACAGUACACUUGGAUGCACACGCGUGGAGGAUUAGGCGUCUUGAGCCUGCAGAGUGGUGCCAGUUGCUACAAACCGGUGGUGAAGAGUCCAUUCUUGUGUAG